AUGAACUGUGAGAGCGUCCGCAUAUGGCUCACACACUUAACCAUGCCUCUAUACGAACCUUUGCCGGACGAUAGUGUGCGGCUUCUUCGGCUUCUGCCACCAUCGGACAGUCGUAAAGGAAUUGACUGCCAGCUUUUUACCUGCCCCCUCUUGAAAUCCGGAAGCACACAUCAUUAUGAAGCCUUAUCAUAUGUAUGGGGACCCGAGGACAAUCAGCAGUCGAUCCGCAUAAAUAACUGCGAAUUUCCUAUCCGAACCAACCUCUAUGAAGCGCUGUCGUGUCUACAAGAUCGGUAUAUCGAGCGGAUCAUAUGGAUAGAUGCUAUUUGCAUCAAUCAAGAAGAUAAGGAUGAAAAAGGACAUCAAGUUCAAUCUAUGGCAAAGAUCUAUGCCAGAGCCAGUGGUGUAAUAGUCUGGCUUGGGAAAGUGGCAGAUCAGAGCAAUGAAGCGCUAGAAGCAAUACGAGCGGCUGCCGAAGGACAAUCUGUGGACUCUGCGACCGACAAGGCGAUCCUUACACUGCUAAACCGACCAUGGUUUAAGCGUAUCUGGGUCCUCCAGGAAGUUGCUGCGGCUCGCCAUAUCCUGAUCAGGUCUGGCCGCACAGAAAUUGAUGGAUAUGCAUUUUGCGCAGGUCUCAGUGCACUAGAGAUAUCCUAUAGAGCAGAUCAGAGCCUUCGCUAUAUAAUACGUACGACAGCCUACCUAAUAAGAGGCGCAGUCUUCCGGCCUCGAUAUGAAGGGCGAGAGAAGAGUCAAUUAGGGAGGUUUGCGCUAAAUAUGCGUCCUCUAAGUCAGCUAGUCGACACCUAUCAUACCCGCCAGGCUACCGACCGUCGAGAUAUGGUUUAUGCCCUUCUAGGUAUGAGCUCGGAUGAUUUCAGUGUUCUUGACGAUGCUGGCUUAUCGCCCAACUACCAAAUGCCAUGGAAAGAAGUUUUUCGGAAUCUUGUCAAAUUCGCUACGUCUGACCAGAUGUCGGUGAAAGUUUGGGAUGGUAAACAGGUGGCGGUUAUGAAGGGCAAGGGCUGCUUUCUUGGCAAAGUAUCUCAAGUUGAAAGACACCAUACCCGAGAUGAUAUACAACGUGUGACGUUUCUUUGGAAGAAGCCUUUCCACCAGGAAGGAAACCAGAAGUCUGACUUGACCUUCCCAGCUUCGGCGAAACCCAUUCAGGCCGGUGAUGCCGUGUAUUUUCUGCAGGGAGCACUGAUGCCUUCAAUCAUGAGGCUGUGUGGCGGUUAUUUAGCUGUUAUCGUGAUUGCGAUUCCCCUACCAGAAUAUACACGACCAAUCACGGCAUUUCGACAUGAACUUCCAGUCGUCUGGGACUGGGAGGCAUCUCAAGGCAAAGCGCAAGAUGACACAUAUGAUGAAGGUCUGAUAGCUAGCCCGAGGAAGCCCAAGUGCCCAAGCACAGAGUGCAAGUGCCAAGAUUAUCUACACGAAGCUACUGGAUUAUGGGACUUGGGGCUGAUAUUGAAUGGACUGGAAAGAUACGAAGAAGCAAAUAAGACCUUCGGAAAAGCCCUUUGA